UAUACAUCCACCAGUAUCAUGACAACAGAAAAGUCACCAGCAGCGGAGAUUGCCGCGUCACUCAACGAUGGCAAGGUACAUCUACUUCUGGCUGCAACGGGUUCUGUUGCCACAAUAAAGCUACCGCUUAUCAUUGCGGCAUUCGCAGACCAUCCGAAUAUCUCAAUUCGGGUGAUUCUUACCAAAGCUGCCGCUGAGUUCCUUCGUGCUCAAUCAGAGGAACAACCUUCGGUAGAAUCACUCUCAUCGCUUCCCAACGUCGACUCGGUCCUCCAUGAUGAGGAUGAAUGGACCGAGCCUUGGACCCGAGGCUCAGACAUACUACACAUCACCCUCCGUAGAUGGGCUCAUUUACUAGUUAUCGCUCCACUGAGUGCCAAUUCACUGGCGAAAGUGGUCCACGGGAUGUCUGACAAUCUACUCACGAGCGUUGUACGCGCAUGGGACACGACCGGGUUGAUCGACGGGAGAAAGAAACGGAUACUUGUCGCCCCCGCGAUGAACACAGCGAUGUGGAUGCAUCCUGUGACAGCACAGCAGAUGCGCGUGCUGCAAGAAGAUUGGGGGAUUAAAAAAGUCGAUGGGAUUGAGCAGGGCUGGUUUGAAGUCCUCCGGCCCAUUGAGAAAUCGCUCGCGUGUGGUGAUGUGGGGUCCGGCGGGAUGAUGGAAUGGAGGGAGAUCGUGAAGAUCGUUAAGCAGAGAUUGGAUCCUUCUGCUUGAGUUUAAUAUACAUGCCACCUCUUUAUUCUGUGAUAAUCGGAAUGCAAAAUUCUUCGAGGUCUAGCCACGGUAGUGGUAAUUCCACCUAACUACCCUUCUCGACUCAAUGUUACAUCACCAGUCUCGUGCCCGGAAAAGUGCUCCUGCGAAUGGUACGCUGGGGCUAUCCAGAAGUCACUCCGUGUACUUCAUUGG